GUGAGCGGAGCGGGGAUGCGGCUGUGCUGCCGGCGUUGCUGCCCUGAGCCACGGAGGUGCGGGGCGUUCAUUCCGUGCGGAGCCCCUCCCCGGAUGGGACGAGUCUGUUCGAGGCGCUUGUGGCGAGGGGAAGGCGGCGGCGGCGCUGCUGCUCUGCGUUCCUGUAGCUGCUGGGCAACUAAUUUUCAUUCUUGGUGGCCUCUGACAGCUCUGCGGGCUCCCCGUGUGCGUGUGCUGCUCCGCGCUGGCGUGAGUGGAAAGAUGUUGCUGCAGGUGGGGGCCAAGGGAGCAGUGUGAUUGCCUGGGAUCUUGGGGCAUCUGUCUCUUCACCUUUCAGCUCCUGCUCCAGUGCUGCUGUUGCUAAAGACUUUUGUAACUAUCGACUCAAGUACAGUUUCGAUGGAAAAUGAAGGUUGCACGUCUUCAAAAAAUCCCUGAUGGUGACAAUGAGACAAUGAUUCCUGUACUGUCUUCAAAAAAAGCAAGUGAAUUGCCAGUUGAUGAAGUAGCAAGCAUUCUGCAAGCUAAUCUUCAGAAUGGCUUAAAAAACUGUGAAGUUUGUCAUAGACGAGCAUUCCAUGGAUGGAAUGAAUUUGAUAUUAGUGAAGAUGAACCAUUGUGGAAAAAAUAUAUUUCCCAGUUUAAAAAUCCCCUUAUUAUGCUUCUUCUGGCAUCUGCAGUCAUCAGUGUUUUAAUGCAUCAGUUUGAUGAUGCUGUCAGUAUCACUGUGGCAAUACUCAUUGUUGUUACAGUUGCCUUUGUUCAGGAGUACAGAUCAGAAAAAUCUCUUGAAGAGCUUAGUAAACUUGUGCCUCCAGAAUGUCAUUGUGUACGAGAAGGUAGAGUGGAACAUACACUUGCAAGAGAUUUAGUCCCAGGUGAUACAGUCUGCUUGUCAGUUGGAGACAGAGUCCCGGCUGAUCUACGAUUAUUUGAGGCUGUGGACCUUUCUAUCGAUGAAUCCAGUCUUACGGGUGAGACAGCUCCUUGCUCUAAAUCUACAGCUCCUCAGCCAGCAGCAACCAAUGGAGACCUUACUUCUAGGAGCAAUAUUGCUUUCAUGGGAACACUGGUCAGAUGUGGAAAAGCAAAGGGGAUAGUUAUUGGAACAGGAGAAAACUCUGAAUUUGGGGAGGUUUUCAAAAUGAUGCAAGCAGAAGAGGCUCCAAAGACACCUCUGCAGAAGAGCAUGGAUCUCUUGGGAAAACAGCUUUCCUUGUAUUCCUUUGGUAUAAUAGGAGUUAUUAUGCUGGUUGGCUGGUUGCAAGGAAAACAUAUCCUUGAUAUGUUCACAAUUGGUGUGAGUUUGGCUGUAGCUGCAAUUCCUGAAGGACUCCCAAUUGUGGUAACAGUGACAUUGGCCCUUGGUGUGAUGAGAAUGGUGAAGAAACGGGCUAUUGUAAAAAAGCUGCCUAUUGUUGAAACUUUAGGUUGUUGCAAUGUAAUCUGUUCAGAUAAAACUGGAACUCUGACAAAGAAUGAAAUGACUGUUACUCAUAUUUUUACUUCGGAUGGGCAGCAUGCUGAGGUUACUGGAGUAGGGUAUAACAGGUUUGGAGAAGUGAUGCUCGAUGGUGAAAUUAUUCAUGGUUAUAACAACCCAUCCAUUAGCAAAAUUGUUGAGGCUGGUUGUGUGUGCAAUGAUGCUUUAAUUAGAAACAACACGUUAAUGGGGAAGCCUACAGAAGGGGCUUUAAUUGCACUUGCUAUGAAGAUGGGUUUAGAUGGACUUCAGGAAGAGUACAUAAGGAAGGCUGAAUAUCCCUUCAGCUCAGAACAAAAAUGGAUGGCUGUUAAAUGUGUCCACAGAACGCAGCAGGACAAACCUGAAGUUUGCUUCAUGAAAGGUGCUUAUGAACAAGUCAUUAGGUACUGUACAUCAUAUAACUGUAAGGGGCAGACCCUACCUCUUGUUCAGCAACAGAGAGAGCAAUACCAGCAAGAGAAGACAUCUAUGGGCUCUGCAGGACUUAGGGUUUUGGCCUUAGCUUCUGGUCCUGAGUUAGGACAACUGACUUUUUUGGGGCUUGUGGGAAUAAUCGAUCCUCCACGGACUGGUGUAAAAGAAGCUGUUACUACACUUAUCACAUCAGGAGUUGCAAUAAAAAUGAUUACUGGAGAUUCACAGGAGACUGCAGUUGCCAUUGCUAGUCGACUAGGAUUGUAUUCCAAAAAUUCACAGGCAAUCUCUGGAGAAGAAAUAGAUGAUUUGGAUAUUCAGCAACUUUCCCAAAUAACACCAAAGGUUGCAGUAUUUUACAGAGCCAGUCCUCGACAUAAAUUGAAAAUUAUAAAGUCCCUGCAAAAUAAUGGUGCAGUUGUAGCUAUGACAGGAGAUGGAGUGAAUGAUGCUGUUGCUCUGAAGGCUGCAGAUAUAGGUGUAGCAAUGGGACAAACCGGAACAGAUGUUUGUAAAGAGGCAGCAGAUAUGAUCCUUGUGGAUGAUGAUUUUCAGACAAUAAUGUCUGCAAUUGAAGAGGGUAAAGGAAUUUAUAACAACAUAAAAAAUUUUGUUAGAUUUCAACUGAGCACGAGUAUAGCAGCACUGACUUUAAUCUCACUGGCUACAUUAAUGAACUUUCCUAAUCCUCUCAAUGCCAUGCAGAUCUUAUGGAUCAAUAUUAUUAUGGAUGGACCUCCAGCUCAAAGUCUUGGGGUGGAGCCUGUGGAUAAAGAUGUUAUUCGGAAGCCUCCAAGAAACUUGAAGGACAGCAUUCUGACCAAAAACCUGAUUGUUAAAAUACUGGUUUCAUCAAUAAUUAUUGUGUGUGGAACACUGUUCGUCUUCUGGAGAGAGUUAAGAGACAAUGUAAUAACGCCUCGAGAUACAACCAUGACUUUCACCUGUUUUGUAUUUUUUGAUAUGUUCAAUGCUUUGAGUUCGAGAUCUCAGGCAAAAUCUGUGUUUGAGAUUGGACUUUGUAGUAACAAAAUGUUCUGCUAUGCCGUCCUUGGAUCUAUAAUGGGGCAGUUAUUGGUCAUUUACUUUCCUCCGCUUCAGAAGGUUUUUCAAACAGAGAGCCUGAGUGUCUUGGAUUUACUUUUUCUUCUGGGACUCACUUCCUCUGUGUGCAUAGUGACUGAGAUCAUAAAGAAGUUUGAAAGAAGCAAGGAAAAGAUCCAGAAACGUGGAAAUUCUUCUUUGUCAGCUUCGUCUUUUCUUGAUGUAUGAUGCAUAUUGCAUUCUUUUGUUUGCAAAUUUAGGGAUUGCUGUCUACAGAUGUAGGAGAAAGCAAAAUAAUAUUUGGAGGAUAAAGAAAUCCUGAGGGCUUU